UUUUUCACGUUCUUUCAAAGAGAACGUAUAAUAUUUGCUAAUAAAACGUACAUGGAUUCUUGAUCAAAGACUAAGCUAUUUCAUUUGUCUCUACACUUUGAGCAACAAUGGCAGCAUUGAUCAUCUUCAUCCUCUUAUGUCUCUUCACAUUCCUCUGUUACUCUCUCUUCUUCAUGAAACCAAAGGACUCACGAGAUGACCGUGACCUUCCUCCGAGUCCUCCUUCUCUUCCUAUCAUCGGUCAUCUUCACCUAAUUCUUCUCUCUACUUUAACCCACAAGUCUUUUCAGAGACUCUCAUCCAAGUAUGGACCUCUUCUCCAUCUCCGCAUCUUCCACGUUCCCAUAGUCCUUGCCUCCUCGGCCUCAGUGGCCUACGAUAUCUUCAGGGACCAAGACGUGAAUGUAUCCUUUCGGCAUUCCCCUCCGAUCGAGGAGUCUCUCUUUUUGGGAUCGUAUAGCUUCAUCAGCGCUCCUUAUGGAGAUUACUGGAAAUUCAUGAGGAAGCUCAUGGUUACAAAGAUUCUUGGACCGCAAGCACUCCAGCGGUCACGAAGAUUCCGUGAAGAUGAGCUUGAUCGGUUCUACAAAAAUCUACUCGAUAAGGCGAGUAAGAAGGAGAUUGUUGAGAUCGGUGAGGAAGCAGCGAAGCUCAAUAACAACACCAUCUGCAAGAUGAUCAUGGGGAGGAGUUGUUCUGAGGAGAGCGGUGAGGCAGAGAGGGUCAGAGGCUUGGUGACUGAGUCAAUGGCCUUGACAAAGAAAAUUUUCUUGGCGACCAUCUUUGACAAACCACUUAAGAAGCUCGGGAUCUCACUGUUCAAAAAGGAGAUAAUGAGUGUUUCCCACAAGUUCGACGAGCUACUGGAGAAGAUUCUUGUGGAACACGAAGAGAAAAUGGAGGAGGAUCAUCAAGGUACUGACAUGAUGGAUGUGUUGUUGGAAGCUUAUAAAGACGAAAACGCAGAGUAUAAAAUCACAAGAAACCAUAUCAAGUCCUUGUUUGUGGAUCUUUUCAUUGCAGGCACUGACACCUCAUCGACCACUAUACAGUGGAUCAUGGCGGAGAUCAUUAACCAUCCCAAGAUUCUUGAGAGACUAAGAGAAGAAAUCAAUUCCGUUGUAGGGAAAAGCAGAUUGAUUCAAGAAACUGACUUACCCAACCUCCCUUACUUGCAAGCAAUAAUCAAAGAAGGGCUAAGAUUGCAUCCGCCGGGGCCUCUCUUGCCAAGAACGGUCCAAGAAAGGUGUGAAAUUAGAGGGUUCCACAUACCAGAGAAGACAAUUCUUAUUGUUAAUUCUUAUGCUAUAAUGAGAGAUCCUGAUUAUUGGGAAGAUCCGGAGGAGUUUAAACCUGAGAGGUUUUUAGGUUUUCCAAGAUCAGGACAAGAGGACGAGAUAAGAGAUAAAUUCCUAAAAUAUAUUCCUUUUGCCAGCGGAAGGAGAGGUUGUCCUGGAACAAAUCUAGCUCAUGUCUCUGUAGGAACCGCGGUUGGAGUGAUGGUGCAGUGCUUUGAUUGGAAAAUCAAAGGAGAGAAAGUCAACAUGAAUGAGGCUGCUGGAACAAUGGUGUUGACCAUGGCUCACCCUCUUAAGUGCACUCCUGUUCCUCGAACCCUAAACCUUUUAUUACCUUCCUAGUUCUUGACUUGGAGAUGUCAGCUUGCUUUCUCUUGUUUUUAAUUAAACUCAUGAUUGGUUAAACAUGUUUUCCCUGUUUAUUGGCUAAUUUCUGGUUUAGUUUAGUUUGGCUUUAUUUCCGGUUUGUUGUAUGGAACUCUAAACAUUUUGUACGUUUCAGAAAUUUAAAAUUAGUCGUUCUUGGUUA